AUGUUGCAGGCUUUGGGAGGACCUGUGCCUCCAAAUACUGACCAUGCCGUCAGUGUAUCGCUUCCAUCAUGGAGAGAAAAUGUCGGCUACGAAGAAGGAGAAGAUUGGGUCAUAAAGAAGAUGCAAUGCGGUUAUCCCCGAUUCUUCGUCCACCCUAUUAUCCAAAACCUCGCCCAGGAGAUUGUUCGCCGCGUCGGUAACCCCAACCUCGAGUUUGCAACCCUAUUCGCAUCAGUCAAGUCAGCGCACAUCUGUCACUCCUUUCUGCUUAGCAAAAUCUCCCCAGAGCAGGCAUACAAAACACGGAUUGUCAACUUCAUCCCAUCCCCACAUACCGAAGCCGGGUCGACAGUGACGUCUUCCUUGUCGUGUGUCAUUUACCCAAAAGAAUACGCUUCCAUUACCAAGCAAGUAUGGCAACACGCGGGCAAUGGUAUAUCCAGUCGACGAGGUGAGUUUUGCCUUAGGUCAUUAGAGGACGGGUUUUUGGUGGAAGACAAAGGCUUGGCGACUGCGGAAUCAAUCCCCCAGCGUCCUUGCAAGGGACCUCGCAGGUACCAAAGCGUCAGUGGAGCGAGAAAGGGCUCUGUUGGAGAAUCUUCCCCAAAAUCAAACAUCGAAGAUGGCCGAGACUAUGCUCAAUUUAUCGAGGAGCGAUUUGGUCGAAACCUCAGCACUUCUCUUGCCAACCAAGCCAAGCUGGCUGUUCGCAAACGUAUUGCGGGUGUUUUGAAAGUCGAUGUUGAACUGCCAGAAGCCCUGAAGUCAGCUUCAUCAGAAGGUAGAGUUGCCGGUAUUUCCGAGGAGGAUGUCCUUCUUUACCCUUCGGGCAUGAAUGCCAUCUUCAACGCUCAUCAGACCUUGCUGGCUACUAGAGGCGAUUUACCGUCAAUUUGUUUUGGGUUCCCAUACACGGAUACAUUGAAGAUUCUUCAAAAAUGGGGGCCAGGCUGCGUAUUCUAUGGUCACGGCUCCUCGGAAGAUCUGGAAGAUCUGGAAUCUCGACUGAAGGCUGGUGAGCGUUUCCUUGGACUGUUCACCGAGGCACCAGGUAAUCCUCUUCUUCAAACACCGGACCUCAAACGAAUCCGCGCUUUGGCAGACCAGUAUGGGUUUGCCGUGGUGGUCGACGAGACCAUCAGCAACUUUUUGAACAUCAACGUUUUGCACCUUUCAGACAUAGUUGUCAGCAGCUUGACCAAGAUUUUCAGCGGAGAUAGCAACGUCAUGGGAGGAAGUGCUGUGCUCAACCCUCACGCACAGUACUAUGCAGCCAUCAAGGAGACUUUUAACCGGGAAUACGAAGAUAUUUGCUGGGCAGAGGAUGCCGUUUUCUUGGAGCGAAACAGCCGCGACUUUAUUGCUCGCAUUAAACAGAUCAAUGCAACAUCUGAGAGCAUUACAGCUAUGCUAAAGGAGUCACCCCUAGGCACCCCCACGAAACCACUUUAUGAUAGCUUCCGCAACGCCAAUGGUGGUUAUGGGGGUCUCUUCUCUGUCACGUUCCACUCCCAACCCGAGGCGAUUGCCUUUUUCGAUAACAUCGAGGUUUUGAAGGGACCUAGUCUUGGGACCAACUUUACAUUGAGCUCCCCGUACGUUCUCCUGGCUCAUUACGGUGAAUUAGACUGGGCGAGAUCCUUCAAUGUCGAUCCGGAUCUAGUUAGAAUCAGUGUUGGGUUAGAAGAGGUACCAGAUCUGCGCUCCAGGGUACAACGGGCUUUGGACGCUGUGCAAAGUGUUCGGCAGGCAAGUGCAUAG